GCAAAAAGCCAUCAUGUAUCUAUCCCUAUAAUUCUUAUUUAUUGGUGAUAGUUACUUACAACAAGUCUUCCAAAGUCGCUUUCUUCUUCCACCUUUGUUUCCACGUUCAACAAUUAAUUAAAAAAUUAUUUGUCCUCCCAAAACAAUGGAAGGCAAAGGCAAGCAAUCCAAGAAAGAGAGGACGAUGGAAGCAGAGUUCGAGGACUUGCUGCCUGUGAUGGCAGAGAAGCUGGAUGUGGAGACCUUUGUGUCUGAGCUGUGUGGGGGUUUCAAGCUUCUGGCUGACCCAGAAACGGGUUUGAUCACUAGUGAGAGUCUGAUGAGGAAUUCAGCUCUGUUGGGUAUUGAUGAAAUGAGCAAAGAGGAUGCAGAGGCCAUGGUUAGACAGGGUGAUCUUGAUGGGGAUGGAAAGCUCAAUGAGACUGAGUUUUGCAUCCUUAUGGUCAGGCUUAGCCCUGGAAUCAUGGAUGAUGCUGAGACAUGGCUUCACAAAGCACUUGAACAAGAGCUCACCAAAUCCUCCUCUUAAACUUAAACCUUUUGCAAUCAAUUGUAAGUUAUUUAUGUAUUUGUGUGUGCAUACAUGUGUCUAUCAUGCAAUUAUAAGAAACUUGUGACACUGCAUAAGUGCUUUCUUAUGGGAAUUUAUGUAUCAUGAAAUGAAUCUGUUCAGUGAGUUUGUUCAAGCAGAAAAGAGUUUGAUACAAGACGUAAGUUAAAUUAGAUA